ACCAACGUGCGAGUGUCAAAUAGAAGAUGCCUGCCACGGUCGCAAAAAAACCAGCAGCCAAGAAGCUGCCCGCUGUGCCCGAAUCCAAAUUGAAGUUCGGCAAGAAACAAAUCAGCAAACGUGCCGCUGAGACAAAACGUCGCUUGAAGCGUGCUGCUGUCAUUGCGCUCCGGAAGAAGGAGAAUUUGGUGCGUGCGGAGAAGUACCAAACCGAGUACAUUAAGGCGGAUCAGCGCGAAAUUAAACUGCGCCGUCUCGCCAAGAAGCGCAACCAAUUUUAUGUGCCCGCCGAGUCAAAGCUAGCCUUUGUUAUUCGUAUUCGUGGUAUCAACAAGGUUGCCCCGAAGGUACGCAAGGUGCUGCAGCUCUUCCGCCUGCGCCAAAUCAACAAUGGUGUGUUCAUCAAGCUGAACAAGGCUACCAUUAACAUGCUGCGCAUUGCUGAGCCCUACAUCACCUGGGGCUAUCCCAAUCUGAAGUCGGUGCGUCAUCUGAUCUACAAGCGUGGCUUUGUUAAGCAUCAGCGCCAGCGUGUGCCCAUCACCGACAACUUUGUGAUCGAGCGCAAGCUGCGCAAGGCGUACAACAUUCAAUGCGUUGAGGAUUUGGUUCAUGAGAUCUUCACCGUGGGCCCCAACUUCAAGUAUGCCUCCAACUUCCUGUGGCCGUUCAAGCUGAACACACCCACUGGUGGCUGGCGCAAGAAGGCCAACCAUUAUGUCAACGGUGGCGACUUUGGCAACCGAGAGGACAAGAUCAACAGAUUGCUGCGCAAGAUGGUCUAAGAUGGCGUGUGUGAAAGCUAAUGUGGAAUAGUUUAAAACAAUGGCGAGGAUAUAAAGAAAUAAAAGUAACUUUUUUAAACUACCCAAA